AUGGGAAUUGCACGAGAUGCGUCUUCGAAGCUUUUCCAGAUGUUUUGUGAUUGGGCAAUUCGCCGGCUCUGGAUGACAGUGCGGUUGAACGAAAAAGAGGCUGACCUCGUGCUUGCCUGGCUGCGAGAGCAACCGGCCAUCCACGAUGCGUCGGAGCUGUGGCUCUACGGCCAGCGUUCGGAGGGCAAAGCCACUCGCUACGAAUACGAGCCGGAGAUAAAGGUCACCUCGCGUCUGCGGUGUCAGAAGCCAGAUGGAUCCAGUCAGUGGGUGUGGAUCACGCGCGAGAGCCGCGAGGGCUCUGGCGGAAAUCGUGCCACGGUAUCCAUCCUGGGCCGGGACAAGGUGGUCUUGGAGAACAUGCUCGAGGAAGGCCGCGAGAUCCAGCGGCGCAAGAGAGAGAAGUUCUUGACUGUCGUGCAAGUGUACGACUUCGGAAAGGAGCACGGCCUCAACUGGCUGCACCCGCAGGACAAAGAUCGAAAGCAGCCCGGGCGGUCCAUCGCGUCCGUUGUGCUGCCUCGCUGCGUUGCUGGAAGCUCGGGCAUCGACCAAGCAGAGGCCCUGCUGGAAGACGCUCGAGAAUUUCUCAACUCGGAGACCUGGUAUACGGAGCGGGGCAUUCCAUACAGAAGAGGCUACCUGCUCUAUGGCAUUCCGGGCGGUGGAAAAAGCUCCUUGAUCAUGGCUGUUGCCUCCGAGCUGCGCCUGCCAAUCUACAUGCUCAGCUUCUCUUCCGAGCGGAUGAAUGACGAGGUGCUGAGCUCGCUGCUGCAGUACGGCAUGCAUGAUCCGCCGACCAUCCUGCUGCUUGAGGAUGUUGACCUUCUACACUCAGCGGUGCUUAACCGCCACCGGCAGCUGCAAGACGCUGCUGGGGAUUCCAGCCCCGCUGACCGGGACAAGGACAGCCCGGACAAGGGCUACGAGAAAAGUCGCCGAGGACGCCUGACGCUUUCUGGGCUCCUGAACGCGCUGGAUGGCCCAACAGCCACCACGGGAAGGCUCCUCUUCAUGACCACCAACGAUCGAGAUGCUCUCGAUCCUGCGCUCUUGCGGAGUGGUCGAAUUGAUUACGAGUUAGAGUUCAAAGCGGCGGUGCCAGACCAGAUCCAGCGCCUUUUCACUCGGUUCUACGCCGACUUUGGGCGCUCCACCUCCGUCUCGUCGCCGGGAGGUGGCAAAGCCCGUGCCGCGCCCGACGAAGGCGAUGAUGCUCUUAGCAAGCUUUCCACGGAGGAACUCGCCGAGCUUUUCGCGAAGAAGCUGGACGGUUCUGGGAAGAAGUUAACGACAGCAGACAUCCAACGGCAUCUCAUGAAGCGCAAGAAGAGCCCCAAAAGGGCUGUUGAGGAGGUGCAAGAACUGCUUGACACUUUCUCCACCGGAAGUGACGUGCACAGCUGA